ACGAGGGCUAUAUAACCUCGCGCUGCGUCCACCUCAACACAGUCGACUCACUCACAACAGAGCCAUGAAGAUCCUGAUCGUUGUAGCAUUCCUGGCGGCCAUGUGCUUGGCGGCCACAAGCGCUGAGCCUUCCCCAGAUGCCGAACCCGGUCACUUCAGGAGAGGUUUCGGUGGAGGAUUCGGUGGAGGCUUUGGUGGAGGCUUCGGAAGAGGCUUCGGAGGAUAUGGAGGACACCGUGGAAAGAGGAGUGCUGAAGCUGACCCUGAGCCCGCUGCUGACCCUGAAGCCGAUCCCGGUUACUUUGGUAGAGGAUUUGGUGGAGGCUUCGGUGGUGGCUUCGGUCGCUUCGGUGGUGGCUUCGGAGGUUUCGGUGGUGGAUAUGGACGGGGAGGCCUUUAUGGUUGAUCACCUUCUGUCAAGUCCGCCACAUUCCUGGUGACUACUUGUCUCACUCUCUCAAUGUGAAAAUGCAAAAUAUACAAGUAAACACACA